GGGGUACACAAUGGUUGCUGUCCGCUGAUUCAUCCAAAGCUGCAGUUCUGAUGAGUGUGGCCCAUUUCUGGGUCAGUGAACAAAAUGGCACCUGACACACUGAAUGGGGAACAGACAGGGCACACCAAGGGUAUAAAACAUACACACACACGUGCACGCACGCAAGCACGCACAAACACACGCACAUACACGCAGUCACGCUCUCAACCAAAAGUGCAUUCAUAUGCUGACACAGAUUCUCACAAACCUAAACUCACACUCCCUGUCGAAAGAUUUCACCGACAUGAGUUCAUCGCCGUAUUUCCCUGCGCGAUCCGCGCUGUUCCGUAAGGAGGCCAAUGGAGUGACGUACCGUGUCCCUGCCCUGCUCUACCUGUCCCUGUCCAACUCCUUCCUGGCCUUCUGUGAGGAGAGACUCAGCCCCUCAGACGCCCAGGCUCACCUGCUGGUGAUGCGCAAGGGCACAUUCUACAGGAACUAUGUAGAGUGGGAGGACAUGAGUGUUCUGGGUACGGCUCAGUUGGCUGGCCACCGGUCGAUGAACCCGUGUCCGCUGUAUGACGAGUUCACAGGCACCCUCUUCCUGUUCUUCAUUGCUGUGCUGGGCCACACGUCCGAAUCCUACCAGCUGGUGACGGGUAAGAAUGUGACGCGCCUCUGCUUCAUCUCCAGUAACGACCAGGGCAACACCUGGAGCCCUGCCAUCGACCUCACCAAGAGGGUCAUAGGAGACACCAUCAAAGACUGGGCAACCUUCGCCCUGGGCCCGGGACACGGCAUCCAGCUCAAGUCAGGCCGCCUGCUGGUGCCAGCGUACGCCUACCACAUCGACUGCAAGGAGUGCUUCGGCCAGAUGUGCCUGACCACACCCCACGCUUUCUGUUUCCAUAGCGACACCCACGGGCGGACGUGGCGUUUUGGGGAGGCGGUGCCAGGGCCAGAGAGCGUGGAGUGCCAGAUGGUGUCUGUGGAUCAGGAGGACGGGACCAACGUGCUGUACUGUAAUGCCCGGAGCCCCCUGGGCUGCAGGGUCCAGGCCCUCAGUCUGGAUGACGGAGCUGUCUUCCAGGAUGGACAGCUGGUGCAGCGGCUCACAGAGCCACGUAAUGGUUGCCACGGUAGCGUAGUGGGGUUCCCUGCCCCCCUACACCUCAACCUCCGCCCUCGGCCACCCACCCACGCCAGACACUGGACAUCCUUCGAGGCUAAGACUGGCGCCUCCUCCCCACCCACCGCCCCUCCCCCUCCCAGCUCCCCACAGAAUUUCCUUCCACCCACCUGGGUGGUGUACUCCCACCCGACAUGGACCAACGUGAGGAAGGACCUCGGGGUGUACCUCAGCCUGUUCCCCCGUGACCCGGACAGCUGGUCUGGCCCGUGGGUGAUCUACGAGGGCCCCAGUGCCUACUCUGACCUGGCCUACCUGGAGCUGCCAUCAGCUGGGGCCCCGUCGGCCGUGGCCUUCGCCUGUCUGUUUGAGUGCGGCACCAGCACGGCUUAUGAUGAGAUCUCCUUCAGCAUCUUCACCCUCUACGAGCUCAUUGACAACCUGCCACGCAACACAAAGUCAGACAGCAACACACAGCCACCCAGCAACACACAGCCACUCAGCAACAGAAAGUCAGGCAGCAACACACAGCCACCCAGCAACACACAGCCACUCAGCAACACAAAGUCAGGCAGCAACACACAGCCACCCAGCAACACACAGCGACCCAGCAACACACAGCGACCCAGCAACACACAGCCACCCAGCAACACACAGCCACUCAGCAACACAAAGUCAGGCAGCAACACACAGCUACCCAGCAACACACAGCCACCCAGCAACACACAGCGACCCAGCAACACACAGCCACCCAGCAACACACAGCCACCCAGCAACACACAGCCACUCAGCAACACAAAGUCAGGCAGCAACACACAGCGACCCAGCAACACACAGCGACCCAGCAACACACAGAGCUUCCACAACACAACACAACCCAAGGAAGAGAGACCAGAGGCGAGGAAGAGGAGGAUGAGGAAUAUGUGUGGUCUUUGCAAUGUUUCCUAA